AUGGAAACUUUUGGAGGGUUUCACAAGGAAGAUGAUGAGCAGAUGGAUUUGCCUCCUGGGUUUAGGUUUCAUCCAACAGAUGAAGAACUUAUAACCCACUAUCUACACAAGAAGGUUCUCGAUAUCGAUUUCUCGGCUAAAGCUAUUGGUGAUGUGGAUUUGAACAAAGCUGAGCCAUGGGAGUUACCUUAUAAAGCAAAAAUGGGUGAGAAAGAAUGGUACUUUUUCUGUGUGAGGGAUAGAAAGUAUCCAACCGGUUUACGGACUAACCGAGCAACUCAAGCUGGCUAUUGGAAGGCGACCGGGAAAGAUAAGGAGAUUUUCCGAGGGAAAUCGCUUGUCGGUAUGAAGAAAACACUUGUCUUUUACAAAGGGAGAGCUCCAAAAGGUCAGAAAACAAAUUGGGUGAUGCAUGAGUAUAGGCUAGAUGGGAAACUCUCUGCCCAAAACUUACCCAAAACCGCUAAGAAUGAAUGGGUGAUAUGUAGGGUAUUUCAUAAAACUGCUGGAGGCAAGAAGAUCCCGAUUUCGGCUUUAAUCCGAAUCGGUUCGUACGCAACCGGUUCCAAUUUACCACCUUUAACCGAUACUUCACCAUACAAUGAUAAAACCAAGACCGAACCGAUUUACGUGCACUGCUUCUCCAACCAAACUGAAAACAGAGGAACAAUACUCAAUUGCUUCAACAACAACAACCCUUCCCUUAGCUCGAUCCAACCCGAUUUUCUCCAGAGGCUUCCACUAUACCAACGUCAAUCUCUCAACGUUUCCGAGAAUCCGAUUCUUACGCAAGAACAAUCGGUUUUACAAGCAAUGAUCAUGGAGAAUAACAGAAGGCAAAGCUUCAAGAAUACCGGAAGUUCUAAAGAGAUGAUCACCACGGAUUUUGAAUUUGGAAGAAAACAACUGGAUCAUCAAGAAGUUCCGUCUUCUUCCUCUGCCGGUCCGGUUGAUCUUGAACCAUUCUGGAAUUACUGA